UAUGAAUGAUGAAUGCCAAAGCAGCUGAUGACGUUGGCCAUAAGUGAUGUGAUAUGCAUUUAUUUCUCCGAUUUGCAAAGAAUCUGAAGGCUGUGAAAAUGACUUUUAACCUACGGCAAGUGUAUGCCUUUGCAAGGGAAUACCACCGGAAGAAAGACAACCAGAAAGAUGUUCAGUACGGAACAGCCGGAUUUCGAUCACACGCUGAUAAUCUCGACUAUGUGAUGUACCGGAUGGGACUGCUGGCAACAUUACGAUCCCGUGCUAAAGGAGGUCAAGUGAUCGGUGUAAUGAUAACGGCAUCGCACAAUCCCGAACAGGACAAUGGAGUAAAACUGAUUGAUCCACGGGGUGAAAUGUUGGAACAACGGUGGGAACAGCUAGCCACCGCGUUAGUCAACAUAAGCGAUACGGAACUGGAGAGCCAGAUUGCCAAGCUCUGUUCCGACGAAGGAAUCGAUAAUAACAACCCGGCCAAGGUGUAUGUCGGUAUGGACACCCGUUACCAUAGCCCACAGUUGGCAAAAGCCGUCCUAAAUGGCAUUGCGGCUAUGAAGGGCAGUGUAAGGGACUUCGGCAUAGUGACCACUCCGAUGCUUCACUACUUCGUCACGUGUUCCAACACUAAUAUGGCGUAUGGACUGCCGACCGAGGAGGGUUAUAUGAACAAACUGAUCACUGCCUUCAAGAGCAUUAGAGGAACCGUAUUUGAGAAAGGAAAUUAUAUUCAUAAGGUUUAUUAUGAUGGAGCCAAUGGUGUUGGUUCCUUGAAGAUGUUGGGUUUCAUCAAGAAAUUGGAUGGUUAUCUAGAUGUAAAAGUGUUCAACAGCAAUGGGAAAAUCAAUUUUAACUGUGGAGCGGAUUUUGUAAAGACUAAUCAACGAGCACCCGAAGGAAUUCCUGAGCUAGAACCGAAUGCGCGUUGUGUUUCGGUAGAUGGCGAUGCCGAUCGGGUCGUUUAUUAUUUCACUGAUGACGCAGGUGUAUUUCAUUUACUAGAUGGAGACCGAAUCGCAACUUUGAUAGCUGGAUAUCUGAAAGAUCUGGUGGGUAAAUGUGGUGUGCAGCUAGAGAUGGGUCUCGUCCAAACUGCCUACGCAAACGGAGCGUCCACGGACUAUAUCAUAAACCAACUGAAUGUUCCUGUUGCGUGUGUCUCCACUGGUGUAAAACAUUUGCAUCACAAAGCGUUAGAUUACGACAUCGGUGUCUAUUUUGAAGCUAAUGGCCAUGGUACUAUUAUUUACAGUCAAAACGCUAAAGCUAAGAUCGCGGCAUCCAGUAGUGAUCUUUCGCUGGCCCAGGAGCAACGCGAUGCUGCCAAAUUACUUCUUCAGACUAUUGAUCUAACCAACGAAACCGUUGGUGAUGCUAUUUCUGACAUGCUACUGGUAGAAACGGUGCUCCACUCCAAGGGAUGGGCACUUAGCGAUUGGCUUGCGACGUAUUCCGACUUACCGAACGUGCUGAUGAAAAUAAAAGUUGAGAAUAGAAACGUGAUCACUACCACCGAUGCGGAGAGAGUGUGUGUCACACCGGAAGGAUUACAAGAUGCUAUCAAUGCAAUAGUCGCCAAGUACAGCAAAGGAAGAUCAUUUAUGCGUCCUUCCGGGACGGAGGACGUCGUGCGCGUGUAUGCCGAGGCUAGUACCAAGGAAAAUACCUUAGAGCUAGCUCUCGAGGUGGCGAAUGUUGUCUACGAGAAAGCCGGCGGUGUUGGAGCUCGACCAGAGCUACCAAGGAUUUGAAUAAGACAGAUUGGUUCCCGGUUGUGAAAUGAAAUGUGCUAAGCGAUACUGCCAUUGUUUUAUACAGGACCAAACAGAUUUCCAUAUUGAGAUUAAAAUUAUUAAAGAUAAAAAUAUUUUAUUUUACGUUUUGUUCGCAUCAAUAAAAUUUGUUUAAUCGA